ACAGGCUGAAAUAAGUUUUCCUUGUGCAACUAAGAAGCCACUUUUUUCGGUUUUCUUUCUUUUCUUCUUAUUCCGGAGUAACUUAAAAAAAUAGACGAAUUUUACCUCCGAUGUCUUCCCUCUAACUAUAAUGAAAGGUUAAAAAUAGAAAGCCUCAAAUGAUACGAUGUUUGAUGUUUUCGCCCAGAACACCUGCAGAAGGGUGGGAAAAAGUCCGAAUUUUGUUGUCACCUCCAGAAAGCCUAAAACGAAAAAGAAAGCCCGAAACAGGAAAUUAACAAAAGGUGAACAUAGUAUUAACAAACAGAAAAGAGCAUUUAACAAAAAAGAAAAAAGGGGGAAAUAAAGCUGGAGCGUAGAGACAGAUGUCAUACAGCUGGAGCGAUUAGUUUAAUAGAUGGUCAGUCGAAGUGAAGACGGUUGAGAAUGCGUUUAUUGCAGUCCUCUGGCAUUUAAGGGAAAAUAUCCAACGGCAGAUGACGAAUUAUAUUUAUUUUCUUCUGUUAGAAAUUUUGUUCAUUUUUGACAUGUUUCUAAUUUUUAUUUAUUCUUAAACAUUUUUUCUUUUCUUCUAGUUUCUCAUGUUGAUAGUAAAACCUUUGUUUAUAGAGAAGAAAAAAUCAUAGCCUGAAAUAUUUGUAAUGGUAGCAGUAACGAAAAGAUACUAAAAUAAUUGCAUUCUUCGGGAUAUAAAAGAAAAUACAAUAAAAUUGAUUUACACACGGUGAUUAAAAACUGUUAAAACUGAUUGUGUACCUUUUUCUGCCAUUAAACGUGCGACAUUUUUAUUUGUUUUAUGAAGAUCGAUUAUGCAUCGGUUUGUCUGAAAUGGUAGUGAAACAUUUCUCUGUAUUUCAUGAUUUCAGUGAUUAAUGAAUUUCAAAGAUUUAACAUGCGUCUCAAUAAACUCAGCCUUUCUCCUGAAAUAAUCAGUGUUUCUACACUACAAUUUCUGUCUUCUCUCCUCUUGCUUUUCCAACUGAAAUAUUGUCAAUGAAGCACUCUGUUCCACUGCCAUCUAGCAUAUUGUUCUCCUAUGAAAAAUGCAUUAAAGAUGCACCAUGGAUGACAAUGUUUCACUGAUUUCCAGUUCACUUUUCGCUGUUUCACCUCAUUUAUUUUCUUCGGCUAUAGGGGGAAAAUUGCGACAAUUAUAAGCUUUUAUACAGCAAAGAAGAUAAAAAAAAUUAUCCUAAAUUAAUUUAACUUAAUCUCAUCAAUCACUGUUAUCAUGCAGGUUUCGGCACCAUGAUGUGUGUUGUCAUUGUCGGCUGUAAUUUGGCAGUGGUAGGCGCCCUUUGCCGGCUAAGCCCUGAAAGCAACAAGGCACGGCGAACGACAGUAACUCGAGACCACAAGGAGCUUGCAUUCAACCACACAACACAAGAAGAGCUGUCCUUCGCCAAACUUAUGGUGGUACUUUGCGUCUUCUUCGUCGCCUGCUGGUUGCCACAAAUGAUGACCAUCAUCAUCGCCCAGGCAAAGCCGAAUCUGAAAGACCAUCCUUUCUUUAGGAUAGCAGACGUCUGCACAGCGCUGAACUUCAUUCUGGAUCCCAUUGUGUACGUCCUGUCCCGUCGUCCUCACAGAAGAGGUCUCAGACGACUCUUGAAACCCAUCUGCCACCAUUGUUGGUCCCAGCCGGAUAUAUCCAGUAUCACAGGAUCCAAUAGCCAAGGUACGAAAGCCAGGGAUCUGUAUUUACUGUCCAAGUUUCCGGAUAUCCAGAGAAACAGAGUGUGGUCACCCAGCAGUUUGAAACGAAGUUUGGGUGAAGGCCAAGAGAUGUCACGCCGAUGAACCUUCAAAAAGCAGUUUUUCCCCAUUCUGGAUAAAAGUGCUGUCAAUUUUUUAUCACUGAAAGAACAACUGGCUAAUUGGCAGACACUGAGGCACCAAAAGAGAAGCUUCAGCUGCAUUGUUCACCAAGCUAAGAACUGAAAAUCCAUAUGUGUGUAAAAUGCAUGAAAAGAUCUAAGUGUUUUAACGUAAACGUUGUACAAAAUCUCUCAUUUUAUGUAUGUGAUUUUGUUUCAAAAAUAUAUGUGCGUUUUCUGGACGGGGAUGAGAUUUUUAAUUCUU